GCAAGACAUCUGUACAUUUGUGACUUCCACAAAAAUUUAAUUCAGAGUGUGAGAAAUAGAAGAAAGAGGAAAGGCAGCGAUGAUGAUGGUGACUCACCAGUGCAGGACAUCGACACUCCAGAGGUUGAUUUAUAUCAGUUACAAGUAAACACACUUCGAAGGUACAAAAGACACUUCAAGCUACAGACGAGACCAGGACUUAACAAAGCACAGCUUGUUGAAAUAAUUGGCUGCCAUUUUAGGACAAUUCCAGUGAAUGAAAAGGACACCUUAACAUACUUCAUCUACUCGGUGAAGAAUGACAAGAACAAACCAGAUCUAAAGAUGGAUAGUGGGGUUCAUUAGGCAGAAAAGUUUGGGACUGAGACUCAGGCUGCAAAUCAAAAGACUGCGUAUUUGUUGAUAUGCAAAAGCUUUCUUUGUAACUUUUCUCCUGAGAGAGUUUGUCUGUUUUAUUUUUCAUAACCUUGCUGAUUUGUUUGAAAACCAUCUCUUAUGAAACAAAUUUCCUCAGCAAAAGUAUUUUAAAUAAAUAUUGCUGAUAUUGUUGCUCAAAUGGGUGCGUCUGUAAUUUUAAUGAGUUGGACUCAAUGAUCCUGAUGGGUCUCGUCCAGCUCAACAUAUUCUAUGAUUCUAUGAUACUUGUACCUAAUAGCUAAGCUUUGGUGAACUAUGUAAUAAUAUUAAAAUAUUUUUCAAUUAAAAUGUGCCAAGGAUAUAUUUACAAAUGUACCUCAAGUGCUCAUGAUGCAAUGCCUUUAAAAGAAAAAGCUGUAGCAGACUUGGCAAUAGGUUAGUUUUCCUAAGAUAGAAGGCUUGAAGUGUCAGUUCUGUUCUUAGCUGGGCAGAAAUGUCUGAAUAACACUUUUCCCCCCCGCCCGCUUUGGAAACAAGAACUGGAAGAUUUUCUGAUUUGUUUAUUCAUUUUGUCAUUGUGGAGAUCCAUGCUUCCAAGCACUGAGGCCUUCCUGCUCCUAUAUUAAAAUGGAAAAAAGUGCAGCUCUUGAAUUUCAAAGCUGUAAGUACAGAUGAAGAGGCUGCUGCAGCUUACUGUGCUGAGAAAUCCUUCGACUCGGUAAGAAAUCCUUUACCUGCUGACUUCUCCAUUUGUCUGCGUGGACUGCUGCUAAGAGCUUAAUUGGAGAAUGGGAGUGGAGCCUGUGUGGGGUCAAUACAGUCUCUUCUGACAGGCACACGGUCUCUUUUUCAUUGCAUGGAUUAGCUCAGGCCUGUUCAAAAGGAGCAACCCCCUCUCAAUAAACCCAAAACUGAUGGUAACUUAUGGAGAAUAAUAUCCAGCAUUACUUAGGCUUUUAAUUGAUUGUCUUAGAAAAUUCUGAUGUUGAAGAUGGUAUUAUGAAUGACUUCUUGUAUUGUCAACUAUUGUGCCAGUCUAAAUGUGUGUGGUGUAUGGAUUAUGAUUUCUUUCUGCUUAAAGCUGUGCACAUGGGAUGAAUAAAAAGCUGAGGGAAAAUAGCUUUCAUCUUAAAGCUAAGGAGGA